AUGUGGCGCAUUCUGGUGUCCGCUCUGCUGGUGACGCUGGCUGCCGGCCAGCUGGAGAUUCCCGACAGCUACCUGCCGCCCAAGUGCCCCGAGGGCAAGACCAUCACGAGCACCAGCACGCAGGUGCAGGUGACCACCGUGGAGCGCACCGUGGUGUCCACCAUCUCGCAGACCCAGCAGGAGCAGACCACCGUCACCAAGGUGGUGCCGAGCACCGUGCGCGUCACCAACACUCAGCGCGUCACCAGUGCCGUCGUCAAGAGUGUCGUGGGCACCCGCCAGAUCACCCAGACGGUCACCAGCACCGUCACCGCGCCCGGCAGCACGGUCACCAACACGCAGACCCAGGUGCUCACCACUACCAGCGUGGUCAGCCAGCAGCGGACCAGCACCCGGGUGGAGCAGCGCACCAGCAUCGUGUCGCAGCAGGUGCGGAGCACGGCGCGGCUCACCUCGACCGCCACCCGGCGCGUGGACUCGGUGGUGGCCGUCACCAGCACGCAGGUGGUUCCCGGCAGCACGGUGCAGCGCGUCAUCACCUCGCAGGUGGAGCAGACGCGCGCGACCGUCACCCGCACCCAGACCAUUACCAGCACCAGCGCGGUGACGCUGACGGCGACCGUCACCAGCACCAGUCAGGUGACGGUGCCGCGGGUGGUCACCGAGACGCGGCAGACGCAGAGCACGCGCCAGGUGGCCACCACGGUGAUCAGCUACCGGACCGUCACCAGCACGCAGACGGUGCCCAAGUACGUGACGGAGACGCGCACGGUCAUCUCCACGCGUCCGGUGGUGCUCACCCAGACCAGCACGGCCGUGGUCACCGUGCCCGGACGGGACGUGGUGCGCACCAUCAGCGUCAAAAACACCAAGACCGUGCCGGUGCCGGGCAAGGACGUGUACGUCACCAAGGCCACCACCAUUGUGAAGACCAGCACGUCGGUGGUGGUGUCGACCAGCAUCCAGCCGUCCACCGUCUACAAGACCAGCACCGUCACCAAGUCCUGCGAGGGCUACAAAUACGACACGCCCGACAACCCGCUGCUCUUCUAG